AUGUAGACAUCGCAUCAAGUCUAUCUCACCCGGCCGCAGCAUUAGUGUCAUCCACAGGGGCAAUUCAACCCUCACCAGCAUACAUACAGACAAAUGCUAUGCUCCUUUCGCACAUUACGUAUAUCUCACCUGAUGACCACAAAAAACUACUUAUUCAACAGUCUCAAGCCAUCAAAGCAAAUGGAACCGUCUGGCUCUCUGGCCAAAUUCCUGCCGACGCCGAGGGGAAGCUGAUCAACGGGUCUGUGACGGAGAAGACGCAGGCAAAUAUCCAUAACACCGAGGCUAUUCUCAAGGAAGCUGGAUCUGGUCUUGAUAUGGUGGCCAAGGUGGUGGUAUAUGUCAACAAUGCUAGUAUAAUGCCCGAGUUCGCAAGCGUAUAUAACCCAGCAUUCCCGCAUAAACCGGCACGGUCAAUGGUGGAGGUAUCCAAGUUACCAGCGGGGGUGGAUAUCCAGCUGAAUUUCAUAGCAGUAGCUUAG